GCGGAGGGAGGUGUUUCUGUCAGUUCCGGCUGUUUGUUCGGGAAGUGGAUCCGCCGCUGCCGGAGCAGCCGGGAAGGAGCUGCGGAUCGCGAGGCCAGCACCGACCCCGCCCGCCCGCCCGCCCGCCGCCCGCCCCCGCCCGCCAUGGCCCGGGACUAUGACCACCUCUUCAAGCUGCUCAUCAUCGGCGACAGCGGUGUAGGCAAGAGCAGCUUGCUGUUACGAUUUGCAGACAACACUUUCUCAGGCAGCUACAUCACCACAAUCGGAGUAGACUUCAAGAUCCGGACUGUGGAGAUCAAUGGGGAGAAGGUGAAGCUGCAGAUCUGGGACACCGCAGGACAAGAACGCUUCCGCACCAUCACCUCUACGUAUUAUCGGGGGACCCAUGGGGUCAUUGUGGUUUACGACGUCACUAGUGCCGAGUCCUUUGUCAAUGUCAAGCGAUGGCUUCAUGAAAUCAACCAGAACUGUGACGAUGUGUGCCGAAUAUUAGUGGGCAAUAAGAAUGACGAUCCUGAGCGGAAGGUGGUGGAGACAGAAGAUGCCUACAAAUUUGCUGGGCAGAUGGGGAUCCAGCUUUUUGAGACCAGUGCCAAGGAGAACGUCAACGUGGAAGAGAUGUUCAACUGUAUCACAGAGCUGGUUCUACGAGCAAAGAAAGACAACUUGGCGAAGCAGCAGCAGCAGCAACAGAACGAUGUGGUGAAGCUCACGAAAAACAGUAAACGGAAGAAGCGCUGCUGCUAACGCCCCGCCCGCUGCAGAGACUACUGCCCCCCCCAGCCCGAGGCCCCAGAGGCUCCUCGGGGACAGUCUCAGUUUAGUGCCGUUAUUUAAAGAAUUCUCUCCACGUUUUUUGUAUCGGGAGGCGCACCGGCACUUCCCCUCUCUCCCCCCGAGUGCCAAGAAGGUGUUGGACGAGCCUGCCCUUCCCCACUGGUGCCCAUCUCCCUGCCGAGGCGCCUGGACCUGGCGAGGACGCUGCCAGCAGAGCGGACUGAUUACCCAGUUUGUACAUAGUGUAUAUUACAUUAACCAGCUGCACCCUCGGCCUGCUCUGGCUUCUGCCUCCUUCCUGCCAACCUGCUGCGACAAACAGACCCUCCCACAAGCCCUCCUAGCCCAGCUGGACGGCAGCUUCCCGAGGAGCCAACCUCAUGUCUUAGCUGAGUCUUUGGCCAACCUGGGCCCAUGGAGUGCACUCUACAUGGCUCCUGCCCUACAGCUGUUCUGGAAGCUGGGGAACCUGGCCUCCACACAGGCCCUGCCCUCGGCUGGCCCUAGGCCUGCAGUUCCACAGAGAAAGUCAGUCCUGCUCUUUUGCCCAACAGGUUCCUCAUUCUGCCUUCUAGAUGCCUCUGCUGCAAACCCAGGGGAGCUGUGCUUCUCACUUAACCCAUGUUUCAAUUCCAGCAGAAAGGUAGGGUACCCUCGUUAAGAGAUGUAGCUUGCAAAGGGGAGUAUUAUUUUAACAGACAGCCAAAUCAAGGGAAUUAAGUUCCUCAUUUAUUUCCUUGAGACUCGAUUGGCUUAAUAGCAAAAGUUGCAACUGUUCCACUUUGGGCUCAGUAUUUUUAGAAAAGAUGUAUGGCUUCUGUUCAUCGUGGGGCCAGGCUCUGUCCCUUCCAUGGAGAGGGGGCUUUGCACCCUUGCUCCUGUGUGCAAGGGCCUCCCACUGGAGCUGGUCUGGACUGUAGCCCCAGGCACCUGCACCCAGGGGCUGCUGGACUAUGGGAAGACACCUCCAAGCUGGGACGGGUCUCUCUUAGUGUGAAGGUGAUAGGAAGAUUUCUUAGCCACUGGGAGGAAGUGGCAGUGGGGUGGGGACAGCCAGCAUUGACCCACCCACCCCCUGGAGUAGAAACCAGGGUAAUCUUCAUUUGAUUACUUCCCCCUCCUUCCCCUCAAAGGAUCACGUAACUGGGAAGAGCUGAUCUGGACAUCAUGAUGUGUUUAUUAGAUUUCCUUUCCUAGCGAUUGAUUUCCAGGCACUGUCCUGACUGGACAAUCACAGAUGACUGCAGAUUUCCCACGCUAACACUGUGGAUGGGGUUUAAUCAAUAAAACUGGGGCUUCUCACCUGUCUCCACUUGUGCAGACUGUCCACAGCUGGGGCCUGUGCGAGCUUCAGGCUGGGUUUGGGAGCUUGUGGGCCUAGGAAGUUAGGUGCUGUGGAAGACACUUCAGGCCAAGCAGUAGGCAGCUCCACACGAUCCAGGUGAGCUGGGAGUUGAGGCAGACUCUGUUUUCAGGGCUGUCUUGGCUGACAAGGGGCAGAAGAUGUCACGUGUGCUUCUGAGCACAUGGGAGCCAGUGUAGAGGUGUUUGCCAAUUCCAGCAAUAAGAGGGUGAUCUUGGCGCAUCCAGCCAAGUUAGGUGUCUCUGUGGCUUUUGGCACUUGCCUAGAAGGCCCAGGUGACGGGUGGUUUUGGUGACAAAGUGUGCCUGUCCCACAGAGUGAUACAUGCAUGAG